AAAAUGGGAAAACAAUCGAAAGGGUUGUUCAGCAAGCAGACGAGGAGUUAUUUCAUGAGCACACACUUCUGGGGACCGGUGUUCAACUGGAUGAUACCCAUAGCGGCCAUAUCCGACACGCAAAAGCAUCCGAGAAUCAUUAGCGGCAAAAUGACUUUGGCGUUGGCUUUGUACUCUAUAAUGUUCAUGAGGUUCGCCAUAAAGGUGCAGCCACGGAAUAUGUUGCUGUUUGCGUGCCACUUCGUCAAUUCCUGCGCGCAGCUUACACAGGCUUACAGAUUUCUCGACUAUCAUUAUAUCUCGAAACAAGAACCCAAUGACGAAGACACACCUGUCUCUCAGGAUGAAAAGAAGUGA